UCUUUUUGUUGUUUCUCCGUGGAGUCGAUGAAGAGGCCUGGUAAGAGACCUCGCUUAGGGGGGGAAGAGGACAACCCAAGUUCUUCAAGUUUGGACUUCGGAGCCACAGGAUUCUACCUAUGAUCCUGAUGACUCGGCCACAGUCUUGACUGACUCAGCAGAUGUGACGAAUCUUCCACGCCUGUUCAUAAGACACCCACAUAUAUUGUAUAUGAAAACUGCCUCCUGGAGCUGUUUGAGGUGUGUCCUGUGUGUCGGCGGGUGUCAGAUGUGCAAACAAGAAGUGUUGGGACAUUCCUCUCUGUAGAACAAAAGUGCCCACACUGUGAGUUCUACAGAAAAUGGAAUAGUCAGCCUCUUCUUGGUAGCACUCCUGUUGGGAACAUCCAACUCUCAGCUGCAGUGUAUGCCACUGGUGCAUCUUUCUUCAAACUGGAGAAGAUCUUCCGGGCAAUGCAGUUGAGGAUGUUUCAUUAUGACACAUUUCGAAGGCCCGCCCGGUCAUACAUCGAGCCUGCAAUCGUGCACAGCUGGAAAACAACGCAGGACGGCAUGUUGGACCAGUUAUGUCAUCAACAGAAAGUCAUCCUAGGUGGUGACUUGAGGGCUGACUCACCAGAUACGUAAUACUGACUGUUACUUUUUUAUGAAAAUGUCAUUGUUUUGACAAAGGGUUACUAAGAAAACAACAAAUCAUAUAAUGCCAUGUGAAAUGACAUAUAAAGUAAAAUAAUAACUACUUGCAUCUCUUUUUGAAAGACAUUGUGCCAAGUUUGGCAGUUACACAGUGAUGGACCUAAGGACCAACACUACCAUUGAUCUGCAGCUGGUUCAGUUUCACUUUCCACUCGCCAAACUUUCCCCUUGAUGACAGCGGUGGUGAUGUAUGUGGCUUGAGAGCAUAUUUAAGGCGACCCCUCACACAUCUAUCAACACACUCGUCUGACUUUGACACUCACUGGUCUCAUCACCGAUCACUUCUACCACCAAGACCCAAGAAGAAAACCAACAAUGUCCAGCAUCAUGAAAGUGCUCCUGCUCCUGGCUGCUGCGGUCUGCAUCUCUACAGCCAUGAUCAGAGAACCCGGUCAGAACUGUCUGUGUCAGGGUACCCGUAAUGGCAUUGGCGGGUCGAAGUUGAAGGAAAUCCAGAUCUACCAGCCCAACAGCUUCUGUAACAGACAGGAGAUUGUUGUCACCACCGACACAGGACGUCUCUGCCUGAACCCCGAUUCGAAGGCAGUGAAAGCCCUCUUGCGUCAGAUCCUAAGGAAAAAGAGAGCCGCCAUCAAACCAACCCAGUCCAGCUGAUUUCCCUUCCAACAGCAACAUGUAGCUCUGUUUCACUCCUCGGAUAAACACAUGACCUCUGACCCCCUCAGGACGGAACCUUUAUUGAAUGUAGACAUGAAAUGAGUCCAACUUUUUGUUUAUUUAUCCUCUAUCCUAUCCUAUUUAUAUAGAUUUCUCUGUCUUGUCUUACUUUCUCUGACUUGUCUUGUGAACAGAUUUGAUAUUUUAUGUUUUUCUAUU